UCUUUUUUCUGCCCCUUUUUGCCCCUUUUCGUCCCUUCAUUUGUUUAUCAUCUCGGAAGUUCUGGGUUUGCCCAAAGCCACAUUAAUAGCUCAGGUUUGCCCCAACGUUCGUGUCCCAUUGAUCCAACUUCUGUCAGACUACGUACUCAUUUGAACAUGGCUUAUGAAAGAUACAUUGCUCGUAUGACGCUUCGCGGCACUGAUGUUGACGACACAUUUCCAGAACGACACACAUUGGACUCGCCACCCGAACUUAGGUCUCAGCCUGAUGCCCUUGAUGAAGAUGGACCUGUCUACAAUACAACAAGACCGUUCCGAAGACGAUCAAGACGUAGAUCAGAGAGUAUUGAAGGGUAUGAGAUGAGAGACCGUUACUGGGAGGCUAUGGAUAUUAUCGACCGAGACCUCAAGGGGGCAGCCAAAGCGCCAGCUGUUUGGGAUUACGUCUAUGACCCAGUUUGCCUACCUCCGUCUGGGGGAAUCAAGACACCCGUCAUCCAUCGACUCGGAAAUCUGCCAAUCCGAAGAGCUUGGAGGCGUCGUAAUAGUCGCGAGAGGCCCGAUUUGGGUUCAACGCGAAAUGUCGAAGCUGUCAUGCUAUAUGAGAGAGGUAUGAUGCUUUCCCAACAGUCACAAUGUACGCACUGCCAGCGAGGUCGGGGUAUAUCGCCAGGCUGCGUAGUUAUGGAGCCGGGGGAUGAAAUUCAAGAGACAAGCGACAGCAUUGGCGAACUUAGUUCGACGUGCAGUAACUGUCACUACGAUGCGCGGGAUAGCCAAUGCGAUGUGCGGAUACCUUCCUCAGGGCCAAAACUACCUUCCAGGACACAGACUCCAAGCCAGAUCAAAAAGUCAUUCGCCUCGAACCCGGUACACCUAGAAGUGCUAGAUCUAGUUGACAAGGCGUUGAAAGUGAGGAGCGGCGAUGGGAAAGACGACGUGGUUGCCCGGGCGAAGCAGAUAGAGACGGCAGCUCUGGAGAUCGCGCAAGCAGCGCACGAGUGGGGACAGAGCAUCAAGGAGAAGCAUCAGCGGAACAUAGACUCAACAGAACAUACAAGUUAAUAUAUCAUUCUUACAC